CGAGGGUGCAUUUCAAAACAUCCUACCUCAAUGGUAGAAGUUUCAAAGUUGACUAAUUAUGGCACAAUCUGUGAGGCUACACGGUAACGGAAAAGCAAAAAUCUUGACAGAUUCACUCCUUCACAAAAGAGACAGUCCUUUUAGAUUUAAAGGACUCACAAAAGAUGAAGACUUCACAGAGGUCUUCCGUUCUGUCAUCCUGUCUGAUCUCAAUAAUAGUUGUGCUGAAUAUCAUCCUGUGGAUGUGUCUAAUGUCAGCAGUGGGAUUAGGGGCUAUGCACCUACAUGACUGCCCCUUACAGCCUUAUAUCCCCAUCUACCUGCUGGUGAUCGGGCUGACGUCCAUCGCCUCCCUGCUCCUAGCCUACCUCAAUAACACACUGGAGACUGGCUUCCUGAGCCUACUGUGUUCCUCCUGCAUCUUCCUCCUCCAACUCUUCAACCUCGGCUGGUUCAUCACAGGGAGUGAGUGGGUGUACUCCAUAUAUCCCCCGAACUAUGACACAAAUGGUGGAGAGAAGUACUGUCAGAGGAAGAUAUACCUGUUUGCUUUCUGGUUCAACAGCCUGGGCAGCAUCUGUAUGGCUGUGGUGUUCUUCUGUGGAGUGUUCUUCAUCUUCCUUACCUGUGUGAAAAUGGCAUUUAGGGGACACCAUCUACUCCAUUCACAUCAGAGAUCGUAUGGUGUGGACGCUUGAGAACUCCGUGGCACAGAAACCUCACUAACAUGGUUUUGCUGUUCUUUCUUUCUUUCUUUCCAUCUGUCUGUCUGUGUGUCUGUGUGUGUCUGUGGUGCCUGGAGAAGUGGGUAUACAAUAAUGUUCCCAAAUGUUCUGUCCAGUGAAGGAAAGUCGCACUGUGUGAAAAAUUGUUUUUCCAUAGUUUUUCCAGGUAUUCACUCUCAAUUGUAAUUCAUAUUUUUUUUUUACCAUAUCAGGAGACAAUUUUUGGGGUCUGGAAAAAAAUCUAAAAAUCUAUAUUUGGGGAGGUGUAGUUGCCAUUUAAUUCAGUUUCACACCAAGCAAGAUACCUUUUGGCUAGCGGGGUUUCUGUAGCCUAGUGUACAACGUACAGUUGAAGUCAGAAGUUUACAUACACUUAGGUUGGAGUCAUUAAAACCUCAUUUUUCAACCAGUCCACAAAUUUCUUGUUCACAAACUAUAGGUUUGGCAAGUCGGUUCAGACAUCUACUUUGUGCAUGACACAAGUCAUUUUUCCAACAAUUGUUUACAGACAGAUUAUUUAACUUAUAAUUCACUGUAUCACAAUUCCAGUGGGUCAGACGUUAACAUACACAAAGUUGACUGUGCUUUUAAACAGCUUGGAAAAUUCCAUAUAAUUAUGUCAUGGUCAAUAUGCUGAUAGAAUUUAGGGAGUCUUGUUUUCAGAUUAGCCUUGUUAAAAUCCCCAGCUACAAUGAAUGCAGCCUCAGGAUAUGUGGUUUCCAGUUUACAUAGAGUCAAAUGAAUUUCGUUCAGGGCCAUCGAUGUGUCUGCUUGGGGGGAAAUAUAUGCGGCUGUGAUUAUAAACAAAGAGAAUUCUCUUGGUAAUAAUGAGGUCAACAUUUGAUUGUGAGGAAUUCUAAGUCAGGUGAACAGAAGGACUUGAGUUCCUGUAUGUUGUUAUGAUCACACCACAUCUCGUUAAUCAUAAGGAAUCCCCC